UUCUCUCAGGCCAGCUCUGCCUUCACACAAAGCAGCAACACAACAGAGCCAGCUUGUUGAUCCGAGCUUGUAGUUUCCCCAUCAUUCGAACGUUUUGUGAAGCUCACUCUCCGCCCUAGAAUAGGUGGCUCGUUCGAAAUCGUGGCCUUCUUAGAUCCUUAACUCACGCACCUGAGGAGAGCACCUUUCGUGGUAACCAUAUCAAUUAAAAUUUCAGGUGACAUGCGGCAUUCAGACAGGAAUAUGCAGCAAUCGCGCAUGGCCUUCCUGGCCCUGCAUUUCAUCCUCUUAUCCCUCCUACCCACUCUCCUCGUGCGUGCGGGGGACGUCCCCGGCGAGGCGGAGUCGUUGCCGGGAUGGAAGGGCGCCACCUACGUCCUGCCGCCGGGACUAAGGGGACGGGAGAGGGACACGGCCAAUGAGAGCCCCGGUCUGCCAGAGGACGAUCUAGUGCAGGUGGAGCAGCAGAAGAGGCAUGAGUCCGAGGCGCUACCUGAGCCGGCUGAGCAGCCCGCGCAGGGUGACUCUAGCGGGGGAAGUGACCCUAGCGGGCGCGCGAUCAUUCAGCUGUCGGCGGACGAGCCCCGCGCGUAUCUGUUCAAGCGGUUCCUCACGGACGAAGAAUGCGACCAUAUCAUCGCCCUCGCCGAGCCCAGCCUCGAAAGAUCGACGGUGAUCGCAGAUUCGAGCAGCGGCAGCGAGGUGAGCGAAAUCCGCACGAGCUUCGGCACGUUCAUCGACAAGAAGGCGGACGCCGUCAUCGAGCGCGUCGAACGGCGCAUCGAGGCGUGGACGCACCUGCCCGUGUCGCACCAGGAGGCCCUGCAGGUGCUGAGGUACAAUGUCGGCCAGAAGUACGUGCCACACCACGACUAUUUCUCCGACCCGCCAGAGACGCUGCAGGGCGGCCACAGGCUGGCCACCGUGCUCAUGUACCUCAGCAACGUCACCAAGGGCGGCGAGACUGUGUUCUCCAAUGUGCCUGACCCCACGCCCAAGGACCACUCCUGGUCCGACUGCGCCAAGGGGUAUUUAGCAGUCAAGCCCGUAAAAGGCGACGCGCUGCUGUUCUUUAGCAUGCACCCGGAUGGCACGCCGGACGAGGCGAGCAUGCACUACGCGUGCCCUGUGGUGGAAGGGGUGAAGUGGUCGGCGCCCAAGUGGAUCCAUGUGAGGGAGUUUGACGUGGCGGGGGAGGAGGGCGAUCCCAGUGUGUGCGCGGAUACAAAUGGCAUGUGCGAUGCGUGGGCAGCGGCGGGGGAGUGUGAGACGAACAAAAAUUACAUGGAGGGAGGGAAGACGUUCGUGGGGGCGUGCCGGAAGGCAUGUGGAGUGUGUAAACCAGACAGCAGCAAUGGGACUGCUGUUUCAUAAGACAAGGCACACUGCUCUUGGCUUGGCGUAUCAAGGCAUGGAGUUGGUAGGUAGGUUGUCAGCUCAGCUGUGGGCCCCCCUCAAUCAACCUUCCUAAUGAAGGUGUUGUAAGGAA